CUAAUUAAAGAUUUUCCAAAUAGUCAAACUGGGAAAUUUCAUGGCAAAAGUUGGAGGAAUUCACGAGAAGGAUGGAGCUUCUAACAAUAGCAACGAGAUCGAUAACCUCGUCCGUUUUGCCAUCGACGAUCACAACAAGAAAUCGAAUGCACAAUUGGAGUUGGUGAAAGUGUUGAACGUGAAACAACAGGUGGUGGCAGGAACUGUGUACUACAUAACAUUGGAGGUUAAGGAUGGAGGCCAGAAGAAAGAAUACGAAACCAAGGUCUGGGUGAAGCCAUGGAUGGACUUUAAACAGGUUCAGGAGUUCAAACUAGUGGGAGAUGCAUCGUCUUCUUUCCCGACAGUUUAAAUAUUUCCAAAAUAA